GAAUUGUGAGGGGCAGAAUAUUCGCUACAAGACGUGCAGCAACCAUGACUGCCCGCCGGACGCCGAGGACUUCCGAGCCCAGCAGUGCUCCGCCUACAACGACGUGCAGUACCAGGGCCGCUACUACGAGUGGCUGCCGCGGUACAACGACCCCGCCGCGCCCUGCGCGCUCAAGUGCCACGCGCGCGGCCAGACCCUGGUGGUGGAGCUGGCGCCCAAGGUGCUGGACGGGACGCGUUGCCAUAGCGACUCCCUGGACAUGUGCAUCAGUGGCAUCUGCCAGGCGGUGGGCUGUGACCGGCAGCUGGGGAGUCAUGCCCAGGAGGACAACUGCGGGGUGUGCGCGGGCAACGGCUCCACCUGCAGGCUGGUGCGGGGACAGGCCAAGCCACACGUGUCUCCUGAGAAAAGGGAGGAAAACGUGAUCGCGGUGCCCCUGGGCAGUCGGAGUGUGAGGAUCACGGCGAAAGGCCCUGCGCAUCUCUUUAUCGAAUCCAAAACGCUCCAAGGAAGCAAAGGGCAGCACAGCUUUCACAGCCCCGGCGUCUUCGUCGUGGAAAACACGACCGUGGAGUUUCAGAGGGGCCCCGACAGGCAGACCUUCAAGAUUCCGGGGCCCCUGACGGCCGACUUCAUCUUCAAGGCCAGGUUCACGGCGGCCAGGGACAGCGUGGUGCAGUUCUUCUUCUACCAGCCCAUCAGCCACCAGUGGCGGCAGACCGACUUCUUCCCCUGCACCGUGACCUGCGGAGGAGGUUACCAGCUGAACUCGGCCGAAUGCGUGGACAUCCGCCUGAAGAGGGUGGUCCCCGACCAUUACUGCCACUACUACCCCGAGAACGUCAAGCCCAAGCCCAAGCUGAAGGAGUGCAGCAUGGACCCCUGCCCCGCCAGUGACGGCUUUAAGGAGAUCAUGCCUUACGACCACUUCCAGCCUCUCCCUCGCUGGGAACAUAACCCGUGGACGGCGUGCUCCGUGUCCUGCGGGGGCGGCACCCAGCGGCGCAGCUUCGUGUGCGUGGAGGAGUCGCUGCACGGCGAGAUCCUGCAGGUGGAGGAGUGGAAGUGCAUGUACGCGCCCCGGCCCAAGGUCAUGCAGACCUGCAACCUCUUCGACUGCCCCAAGUGGGUGGCCAUGGACUGGUCCCAGAGCCCGGUGGAGGCAAAGCUGCCCUGGCUGAAGCAAGCCCGGGAGCUGGAGCAGACCAGGGUGGCGACGGAAGAACCGACGUUCAUCCCGGAGCCCUGGUCCCCCUGCAGCGCCCCCUGCGGGCCGGGCGUGCAGGUGCGGGAGGACGCAAAGCCGCGGUCUUCAUGGGCCUUCCUUGUCCCUGCUCCUGGGCCAUCAUUGGUACUUGGUGAUGCUUAUCGAAUUGAAGGGACUGACAUCAAAGGGCAACAGUGUCCCAGGACGUGCGGCGGGGGCACCCAGCACCGGAGGGUCACCUGCCGGCAGCUGCUGACCGACGGCAGCUUCCUGACUCUCUCCGAUGAACUGUGCCACGGCCCCAAGGCCUCGUCCCGUAAGUCCUGCGGGGGCACCCAGCACCGGAGGGUCACCUGCCGGCAGCUGCUGACCGACGGCAGCUUCCUGACUCUCUCCGAUGAACUGUGCCACGGCCCCAAGGCCUCGUCCCGUAAGUCCUGCGCCAGGAUCGACUGCCCUCCGCAGCUCUCCGCGGGCGACUGGUCCGAGUGCUCCGUCAGCUGUGGCGUUGGGACCCAGUGGAGGAAGCAGGUGUGCCAGAGGCUGACGGCCAAGGGCAGGCGGGUCCCUGUCAGCGAGGCCCUGUGCAGGGAGCUCCCGGGGGCCCCCCUGGUGCGGUCCUGCCAGAUGCCGGCCUGCAGCACGCCGAAGGGCCCGCAGCUGGUGAGGCGGCAGCAGCCCGCGUCGGUGUCAUUCAAUGCGACUGUCCAUGCCACGAUCGGGAGCACGGUAUACGUCACCAACCAGACGGUGGCCGUCCACCUGCUGUGCCAGCUGGUCGGCCCCGGCGAGGUCACCUACGCAUGGACCAAGGACGGGGUGCCGCUGCAGCCGUCGGAAAAGAUCGUUCUGUCCGGAGCGGGGGUGCUGCAGAUACGGAACCCCACGAGGAGCGAGCAGGGGCUGUACGGCUGCUCCGUGGCCAACCGGCUCGGCUCCGACGUGGCGAGCUCGCCCGUGCUGUUUGCAGAGGCGCCCGUCAUCUUGGUCAGGGGAAGGAAUGUCACCGGACGGGAGCCCGGCCCGCUGACCGUCGUGGUCGGAGGCACCGUGAGGGCGGCCCUGGGGGCGAACGUGACCAUCCAGUGUCCCGUACGAGGCACCCCCCGGCCCGCCGUGAGCUGGGUGAAGAGAGGCGGGCCGCUGGGGGACAACAUCUCCGUACUCCCCAAUGGGUCCCUGCUACUACAGAACGUUUCCCGGCAAAACAAAGGCACCUACGUCUGCAGGGCCUCCAGCGCGCUGGGGAAGGCGGCGGCCGCUUCCGUCCUGCACCUGCUGGAAUCAAACCUGGGACCCCGGACGAGGGCCCAGGUCGGGGAGAAGCCUGCAACCGUGUGUCCCGGACACUGCCUGGGUCGCGCCGUGAGGAUACAGCCGCGUCCCGUCCUCUGUCCACACAACAGCUCCGACCCCCACUGUGAAGACAGGAGAUCCGCCUCUGGGAGGAACUGCUCUGCGGGGGCCUGUGCCGCGUGCUGGAACCUGCACAGACACCCCUGA